CCCGCUCGACUCGCUAGCAGCACAGCAGAGUAGCAGCAGCAGCAGCUGAGAGAGGGGAGAGCGUGUGCCACCUAUCGACCGAACGCGUGCCAGAGCAGAGGUGGAGGACCUGCCGCCCUGCUCGCCAGCUUUGCCAGCCGCUCCUCGCCGACAGCGUCUUUUCUAAGUAUAUAAUAGCUCAGAGCGCGCCUCCGAUGCGUGCGCGGCUGGCUUCGAGGCAAUUCUCUCAGCGGCGUGAGAUUUCCAGAGGUAGAGGUAAAUAGUGUCCGCGCGUGUGUGCUAUACUCUGCGUCGAUGUGCCGAUGCGCGGCGACGAUCUCUACUGGGCCGCAGCGUCGCAGCGACGUUCAGUGACAUCGAGACUCGAGUACCCCUAGUGUCCCGUAGUGUCUCGAGCUUCGCGCAGUUUUUUGCCUCAGUUUCUUCAUUUUCUUCGAGCGACGUGUCACGAGAGAGGAGCUUUCGCCGAGGAACCGAGGCGGAGCAGUCAGCACUCAUGCUUUAAUAAAGGCCGUGUCCAGCGAGACACCCUGGCGCGCACGAGGAUGUGGUGCACACUGCUAUGGGCGUUGGCCCUCGGGGUCGCCGGCGGCAGCGCGAGCGUCUCCUGGAGCGACAGCGACUCCGACCUGCUCUUCGGCCAGCAGCAACACCUGCAGCUCCAACAGCAGCAGCUGCAGCAGUCGGCGAACCAGUCGAUGCAGGCAGUCCUGCCGCACGACGUCUACCCGGGCUUCGAGGUCGUGCAGUUCGAGGCCGGACCCGACCGGCAGCCCUCGAGCUUCCGGCUGCUCGAGACCGGCUUCUCCAAGUUCUUCACCGUCCUGGACAACGGCAUCGUCAUGACGACCUCGGACCUCUCGCCGCUCGUCAACCGGCCCGUCAACCUCAUCGUCCUCGAGGAGCGGGCCAACCAGACCGAGACCCACGAUCUCCACCUCUACGUGAUCAACCGGCGCAACAUGCUGACCUUCUCGCACGAGCGACUCGGCGAGGCCGAGGUCGAGGAGAACGCCGCCCCGGGCACGCCCGUCGACGGCUUCCCCGUUCUCCACGCCCGCGGCAACUUCCCCGUCCACUACAGCAUCGAGCCCGAGGACGACGGCUCUAGGCCGUUCGCCCUGGCCGAGACCCACCUCAAGCACACCGGCUUCAACCUGACCCUGCGCAGUCCCAACCAGGGCAUCCGCGUCGUCACGGCCCGGCCGCUGGACCGCGAGGCCAAGUCCAGCUACCGGCUCGUCGUCCGGGCCUCCGACAGUGACUACAUCAGCAGCUCGCGCAUCGAGGGCAGCGUCGCCGUGCUCGACGUCAACGACAACAGCCCCAUCUUCGAGCAGGCGGUCUACAGCUUCGAGCUCUCGCCGACGAACCUCGAGGCUCUGCGCGACGACGCCGACGGCUCGGUCCAGCCCCAGUGGAAGCGCUUCUCCACCAUCGGCAAGGUCCUGGCCAAGGACGCCGACGGCGACAAGGUCGCCUACAAGCUCAUCACGCCCAGCAACCUCGUCAUCAUCGUUCCCCAGACCGGCGAGCUGCUGCUGGCCGGCGAGCCCGAGGUCAGCCCCGACCUCGACACCGAGAGCGAGUUCCUCGUGGAGGCGCACGACCUCAGGACGCCCAGCAGGACCGCGCCCACGCCGGCGCGCGUCCUCGUGCGCUUCCUCACCUCCGGCCCGGAGAAGCCCGAGCUGGACGUCGAGCAGCAGCAGCAGCAGCUGGAGGAGGAGGAGCAGUUCGAGGACAACGAGCUGCCGCCCGAGGUGCACAGGAUAGAGAAGAGGCGGGUCACCCGGGCGGUCAGGCCCACCAAGAAGGUCGAGUUCACCGAGGCCGACGGCGACGUCGAGGGCAAGGUUGCCUUCCACCUCGAGAAGGAGAACGAGAAGGAGACCUAUAAGAUCCGCGACGAGAACCAGUGGGUAACCGUCGGAUCCAACGGCACCGUCAGGGUCAAGCACAAGUGGGACUACGAGGCGCUCGGUGCCGAGAAGACCAUCGACUUCUGGGUCACCAUCACCAAUCCGGGUUACCAAUAUACCGACAAUCAGCGCGUCAUCAUUAACAUAAAGGACGUUAACGACGAGCCGCCGUACUUCAUCAACAGGCCGCUGCCCAUGCAAGCGGUCGUCCAGCUCAACGCCCCGCCCAACACGCACGUCUUCACGCUGCAGGCGAGGGACCCAGACACCGACAGCAACAUACACUACUUCAUCGUGCGCGAUCGAACUGGUGGCAGAUUCGAGGUCGAUGAACGCUCAGGGGUCGUGCGAACCCGCGGCUCGGAUCCCUUCCAGCUCGACAUGGAGUACGUUCUCUACGUCAAGGCGGAGGACCAGAACGGCCGCAUCGACGACAGGCGAUAUCAGUCCACUCCCGAGGAAAGGCUAUCGAUCGUCGGCGGCAAGAGAGCUCCACAAUUCUACCUGGCUUCCUACGAGGCCGAGAUACCGGAAAACAAGAAAAAGGAUUCAGACAUUAUAUCCGUGAAGGCGAAGUCGUUCGCCGAUCGGGAAAUACGCUACACACUGAAGGCUCAGGGCCAAGGAGCCGCGGGAACGUUCAACAUUGGCCCGUCGUCCGGAAUAGUCAAGCUGGCUAAGGAGCUGGAUUUCGAGGACCUUAGACAGCCGCACAUUUACCAGCUGAUCGUCACCGCUACCGAAGAUUCGGGAGGAUUUUCGACGUCCGUCGAGCUGACGAUUCGAGUAUCAGAUGUGAACGACAAUGCUCCCAAGUUCGAAUUACCAGAUUAUCAGGCUCACAACGUUGACGAGGACAUUCCAUUAGGCACUAGUAUUAUUAAGGUCAAAGCCACUGAUGCGGAUUCUGGGGCGAACGCUGAAAUAGAAUAUCUAGUCUCGGAUGAUCAUUUCAGCGUUGACGCCGGUGGCGUUAUAGUAAACAACAAGCAACUCGACGCCGAUAAUAAUAAUUCCUAUUAUGAGUUUACUGUCACCGCUAAGGAUAAAGGCGAACCAUCGAAAAGCGGUACGGCGACGGUGCGAAUCUACACGAAGAACAAAAACGACGAGGAGCCCAAGUUCUCGCAGCAGGUGUACACACCGAACGUAGACGAGAAUGCCGGUCCGAACACCCUGGUCACGACUGUCGUCGCUUCGGACAAGGACGGUGACAACGUGCGCUUCGGCUUCGUGGGCGGUACCACAUCAUCCGGACAAUUCGUCAUCGAGGACAUCACCGGUGUCAUCCGUCUGCACAACAGCAAGAUCACCCUCGACAGGGACAAGUACGAGCUCAACGUCACCGCCAAGGAUGACGGAGCCUGCUGUCCCAACGGCGAGAACAACAUCCACACCAGCACUGCCGUCGUCGUUGUCUUCAUCACCGACGUCAACGACAACAAGCCCGUGUUCAAGGACUGCGGCACUUACUAUCCCAAGGUAGAGGAAGGCGCCACCAAUGGAAGUCCCGUCAUCAAGGUACAGGCUACUGACGAGGACAAGGGUGUCAACGGACAGGUCAAGUACUCGAUCGUACAGCAACCUAAUCAGAAGGGUACCAAGUUCACGGUGGACGAGGAGACUGGUCAAGUCAGCACUAAUAAGGUAUUCGAUCGUGAAGGCGACGACGGCAAGUUCGUGUCGGUGACAGUGAAGGCUACCGACCAGGGCGAGCCCUCGUUAGAGGGCGUUUGUUCGUUCACAGUCGAAAUCACGGACGUCAACGACAACCCGCCUCUUUUCGAUCGUCAAAAAUACGUGGAGAACGUGAAGCAGGACGCGAGCAUCGGCACGAACAUUCUACGAGUCUCGGCAUCCGACGAGGACGCCGAUAACAAUGGGGCGAUUGUAUACUCCCUGAGCGCACCCAACGACGAAAAGGGCUUGGAGUACUUCGAGAUCCAGCCGGAGUCUGGCUGGAUCGUAUUGAAGAAACCGCUCGACGGCUGUUUUCCACGAGACAAGUAUCGGCUGAAAGUAAGCGCCUCCGACAGAGGGUCACCGCCCUCGUGUGCCGAAGUGGACGUUGAGUUAGACGUCGUAGACAGAAACAAUAAACCUCCUGUGUGGGAUAAGAAUGUAUACGGCCCCAUUCACAUCAAAGAAAAUGUCACAGUGGGUACUGUAGUGACGUCGGUGAAAGCCAGCUCUGGGAUCGAAAAUAACCCGGUCGUGUUUUACCACUUAAUGCCCGGUUCGACGGCCCAGACCAACAAGUUGCACACGUUUUACCUGCAGCAGAGGCCCGAGAACUCGGUCACUUGGGCGGACAUAAAGGUUAAUCAUCCCCUCGACUUCGAGAGCAUAAAGGAGUACAAUCUCACCGUGAGAGUCGAGAACAACGGGGCACAGCAGCUCGCCUCGGAGACGACGGUCUUCAUCAUGCUGGAGGACGUGAACGACGAGAUCCCGCUGUUCACCGAGCGAGAGCAGGAGACCGUUCUCGAGGGCGAGCCCGUUGGCACCAAAGUCACGCAGGUCAACGCCAUCGACAAGGACGGCACGUUCCCCAAUAAUCAGGUCACGUACUACGUGGUGAAUAGCACGAGGAACGAGGGAAAAGAUUACUUCGAAAUCAAUAGAGAGACCGGCGACAUCUCGACAAAGGUCAUCUUCGAUCGCGAGAAACAAGGAGCUUACGCCUUGGAAGUCGAAGCGAGGGACGGCGCACCGUCCGCACGACCUAACGGCAACGGCCAACCCAAUUCCGUUACAAAAUUCAUCCGUAUUGGAAUAGCCGACAAAAACGACAACCCGCCAUAUUUCGAUAAGGGCCUUUACGAGGCCGAGGUAGACGAAAAUGAAGACAUACAGCAUACCGUCCUCACUGUCACCGCCAAAGAUCACGAUGAGUCCUCGCGUAUUCGAUACGAGAUCACGAGCGGUAACAUAGGCGGCGCUUUCGCCGUAAAAAAUAUGACAGGAGCCAUUUACGUUGCUGGGGCGUUGGAUUAUGAGACGAGAAAAAGGUACGAGCUGAAGCUGACUGCGUCGGAUAACUUGAAGGAAAACUACACGAUCGUAGUAAUUCACGUGAAGGAUGUGAACGACAACCCGCCAGUCUUUGAACGCCCUACGUACAGGACGCAGAUCACGGAAGAGGACGACAGAAAUCUGCCGAAGCGUGUUCUGCAGGUCACUGCGAGCGACGGAGAUCAGGACAGGCCUCAAAGCAUCGUUUACUUUUUGACCGGACAAGGUAUCGACCCGGACAACCCGGCAAACAGCAAGUUCGAUAUUAAUAGGACUUCCGGAGAGAUCUAUGUACUCAAGCCGCUGGACAGGGACCAGCCCAAUGGUCGACCACAGUGGAGAUUCACGGUAUUUGCACAAGACGAGGGCGGAGAAGGUCUGGUCGGUUACGCGGACGUACAAGUCAAUCUGAAGGACAUCAAUGACAAUGCCCCUCUGUUCCCUCAGGGAGUUUACUUCGGCAAUGUUACCGAGAACGGCACAGCGGGAAUGGUUGUAAUGACGAUGACAGCAGUCGAUUACGACGAUCCCCAUGAGGGCACAAAUGCCAAACUCGUUUAUUCCAUUGAGAAGAACGUGAUUGAAGAGGAAACUGGAUCGCCGAUUUUCGAAAUCGAGUCGGAAACCGGUGUAAUCAAAACGGCUGUCUGUUGUCUGGAUCGGGAACGCACGCCGGAUUAUUCGAUACAGGUCGUCGCGAUGGAUGGAGGGGGGUUAAAAGGGACGGGGACGGCAUCGAUACGAGUGAAAGAUAUAAACGAUAUGCCGCCCCAGUUCACCAAAGAUGAGUGGAUGACCGAGGUUGAUGAGACCGAUGGUCCAGAUCUUCCAGACAUGCCUAUUCUCACAGUCACUGUUCACGACGAGGACGAAACUAAUAAGUUCCAGUACAAGGUAAUCGAGAAUAGCGGCUAUGGUGCUGACAAAUUCACCAUGGUGCGGAACAGUGACGGAACUGGUUCGCUCAAAAUAGUUCAACAGUUAGAUUAUGAGGACCAAUUGCAGAGUAACGGCUUUAGGUUUAGGAUUCAAGUAAACGAUAAGGGCGAAGACAACGACAAUGACAAAUACCACGUCGCGUAUUCGUGGGUGGUUGUCAAAUUACGAGAUAUUAACGACAACAAGCCUCAGUUCGAAAAAGCCAAUAUUGAGACAUCAGUGGCAGAAAACGCUCUCGUUGGAACGACUUUGGAAACAUUCAAGGCGACAGAUCCUGAUCAGGGCGGCAAGAGCAAAGUGUCGUACUCGAUCGAUAGAAGCUCGGAUAGGAAGCGCCAGUUCUACAUUUUCGAGAAUGGAACGGUGUCUAUCCAAAGAAGCCUGGAUCGCGAAGAGACGCCCAGACAUCAAGUCAAAAUUUUAGCUAUCGACGAUGGCAUUCCUCCCAAAACAGCAACGGCUACGUUGACUGUGAUUGUGCAAGACAUCAACGAUAACCCACCAACGUUCUUGAAAGACUACAGACCAGUAUUACCUGAAUUCUUACCAGCGAGAAAAGUUGUCGAGAUUCUGGCAACUGACGAUGACGAUCGCUCGAAAAGUAAUGGACCUCCAUUCGUAUUCAGAAUGGAUCCCAAAGCUGACGACGUUAUUCGAGCGAGUUUCAAAGUUGAAAGCGAUAACAAGGGUGCAAACGGAGAUGGUAUGGCGAUCGUUUCGUCCCUCCGAGCAUUCGAUAGAGAACAGCAGAAGGAAUAUCUUAUUCCUAUUGUCAUCAGGGACGCCGGUAGCCCAUUCAUGUCUGGUACGAGCACUUUAACGGUUAUUAUCGGAGAUGCGAACGACAAUAAAAUGCAACCUGGCUCAAAGGAUAUAUUCGUGUACAAUUACGCGGGUCAAUCUCCUGAAACCGAGAUUGGAAGAGUAUACGUGUACGACUUGGACGAUUGGGAUUUACCCGAUAAAAAGUUCUAUUGGGACGGUUUAGAGCACGAUCAAUUCAAACUAAACGAAGAUACGGGCAUGAUAUCUAUGAAACCUGGAACACACGAUGGCAAAUAUCAUCUACGAUUCAAAGUGUAUGAUAGGACUCACACUCAGACGGAUGUACCAGCGAACGUCACAGUGACCGUCAAAAGCAUUCCUCACGAGGCAGUUCUGAACUCGGGUUCUGUUCGUAUAUCAGGAAUAACCGACGAAGACUUUAUCCGAGUAUGGAAUUACAAAACGCAAAGCCUGUCCAGAAGCAAGGCAGAUCUGUUCAGAGAAAAACUGGCGGUGCUUCUUAGCAUCGAACGCGAAAACGUAGAUGUGUUCAGUGUGCAACUGCGAAGAAAGCAUCCUCCUCUAACCGACGUUAGGUUUGCAGCCCAUGGAUCACCUUACUACAAACCUGUCCGGUUAAAUGGAAUAGUUUUGAUGCACCGGGAAGAGAUCGAACGAGACGUCGGCAUAAACAUCACUAUGGUCGGAAUCGACGAAUGUUUCUACGAAAAUGAAGUUUGCGAAGGCAGCUGCACGAAUACUCUGGACAUCAACAGCAUACCUUACAUGGUGAAUGCCAACAAAACUGCUCUUGUCGGAGUUCGAGUCGAUAUAAUCGCUGAAUGUACAUGCGGAGCGAGAAACUUCAGUAAGAGUGAAUCUUGCAGAAAUAACCCAUGCCACAACGGUGGUCGGUGCGUCGAAGGACGAUUCGGUUUAACAUGCCAGUGUCCUGCUGGAUAUAAUGGACCUAGAUGUCAGCAGACUGCGAGAAGUUUCAGAGGCAACGGAUGGGCUUGGUAUCCAGCUCUCGAAAUGUGCGAUAACAGUCACUUGAGUUUCGAGUUCAUAACAAGAAAAUCCGAUGGCUUGCUUCUGUACAACGGACCUAUCGUACCUCCGGAAUCUGACGAGAUCAUGGUUUCUGAUUUCAUCUCGGUCGAACUCGAACGAGGAAUUCCAAGGCUUCUCAUAGACUUCGGUUCUGGUACACUGGAACUCAAGGUGAAAACCAAGAGAACUCUCGAUGACGGAGAGUGGCACAGGCUGGAUAUAUUCUGGAACACCGAGACGGUUAAGCUCAUAGUCGAUUUCUGCAAAUCCGCCGAGAUCUCGGAAGCAGACGAUGGUACUCCACCACAUUUCAACGACGCCAGCUGCCAAGCGCAAGGCACCAUUCCACCAUUCAACGAGUACCUGAACGUCAAUGCUCCAUUGCAAAUUGGAGGCCUGUAUGUGGAGCAGUUCGAGCCGGAUCAAUACAAAUGGAAGUACAUGCCAGUUGGCAAGGGUUUCGACGGCUGCAUCAAGAAUCUCUUCCACAAUAGCAAACUUUACGACCUGGCACAUCCAGGCUUGUCGAGAAAUAGCGUGGCUGGCUGUCCCCAAACCGAAGAAAUUUGCAACAAUCAAGAAUCCACGACCCGCUGCUGGGAGCACGGCACGUGCGUUGGCAGUUUUUCCGAAGCGAGAUGCCAGUGUAAUCCCGGAUGGACUGGGCCGGGCUGCAUGACUCCAACGAUACCCACAACUUUCAAACCCCAGAGUUACGUCAAAUAUGCUCUCUCAUUCGAGCCGGACAAGUAUUCCACUCAAAUCCAAUUGCGGUUCCGCACCAGGGAAGUCCACGGCGAACUCUUCCGAGUGAGCGACCAGCACAACCGAGAGUACGCUGUUCUCGAGAUCAAGGAUAGCCGACUAAGAUUCAGAUAUAAUCUCAACAACAUGAGGACCGAGGAGCGCGAUAUCUGGCUGACCGCGAUUGCUGUGGACGACGGACAAUGGCACACGGUUAGAGUAUCCAGAUACGGCUCCGCGGCGACGCUAGAGCUUGACGGCGGUGAGGGCAGAAGAUUCAAUGAAACCUUCUCCUUUGAGGGACAUCAAUGGCUGCUAGUUGAUAAACAAGAGGGCGUUUACGCUGGUGGCAAAGCCGAGUAUACUGGCGUGAGGAGUUUCGAGGUCUAUGCGGACUACCAGAAGGGUUGCCUGGACGACAUCCGACUCGAGGGCAAGCACUUGCCCUUGCCGCCAGCUAUGAAUGGAACGCAAUGGGGGCAAGCGACAAUGGCUAGGAAUCUAGAAAGAAACUGUCCCUCCAAUAAGCCUUGCGCUAACAUUAUCUGUCCCGACCCAUUCGAAUGCAUCGACCUAUGGAACGAAUAUGUUUGCACAUGCGGAGAGGGAAGAGUGCCCUCGCCCGACAACAAAGGAUGCAUGGAUAAGAACGAAUGUAUAGACUACCCUUGUCUUAACGGAGGCCGUUGCAUCAAUCAGGAUCCACGCUUCCGCUACCGAUGUAUCUGCCCCGAUGGAUUCUGGGGCGAAAACUGCGAACUCGUCCAAGAAGGACAAACCCUAAAGCUCAGCAUGGGUGCUCUUGCUGCUAUUUUAGUCUGUCUUCUCGUUAUUCUUGUUCUCGUAUUAGUAUUCGUAGUGUAUAAUAGAAGACGGGAAUCGCAUAUUAAGUAUCCAGGACCCGACGACGAUGUUAGAGAAAAUAUUAUUAAUUACGACGACGAGGGCGGCGGUGAGGACGACAUGACCGCCUUCGACAUAACUCCGCUGCAAAUUCCUAUUGGCGGACCGAUGCCUGACAUGGGUGGAAAAUUACCUCCGUGCAAAGUGGCCUACCCCCUCGGACCGGAACCAAACGUAGGGAUCUUCAUCGAGGAUCACAAGAAGAGAGCCGACAGCGAUCCGAAUGCACCUCCUUUCGAUGAUCUAAGAAAUUAUGCAUACGAGGGUGGCGGAAGUACCGCUGGCUCGUUAUCAUCUCUAGCCUCUGGCACCGACGACGAGCAGCACGAGUACGAGUAUCUGGGAGACUGGGGUCCGAGAUUCGACAAGCUGGCCAACAUGUACGGCCCCGCCGAGCACGAGAGCGAAGAGGAGGAAUAACCGGCGGAUCCUAACAAUUAUCGAAGAACAAUUGCCAGUAGUGUGAUCGUGCGCGAUCUUCGGUCCAUGCUCGUGCAGUGAUGAUUUAGCGAACGCCACGCUCUGAGAGAAAGAGCGCCGGUGAGAGACUAAUCGGAACAGAGCUGCCGGUCUAACGCGAGUAACUCGCACGAGAGAGAAGGGAGUAUCUCUCCCUACUCACAGUCCUUCCGCUGAAUUAAGCAUAAACGAACGAACUAUGUAGAUCUAAAAGUAAGAGAGAAAACGAUAAAUCCGUAUAGAUGCGGCACACGCACGCACGGUCGGCGUCAUUGCCAGGCGAAAGUAACUGAGCCUAGAGGCGUCGUGUAAUACGCGCACUCGCUUGCGCUGCGGCUCGAGCUCACCUCGAAUCGUUAACGAGCGUAAGGUCGCGCGUAAUGAAUUUUGCAAUAACUUUAAAGAAACGAAGGAGCGCGGAUAAAACGCGAUCUCGGAGAAUCCAGGCGGGUGAGGUAAAAGAAAAAUACAGAAAAAUAAGAAUAAAUAAACAAAACAACUUAUUAUCUACAGUCAUACUCUAAAGCAUUAAGGAAGGAUACUACAACUAUUUGUAUUAUAGAUGCGUUGCGCGUAUACGUAGUCGUCCCUCGCGAACGAACGUGACGUGGAAUUUUUCUAUGGAUUCGUUUAUAUAUAUGAAUUAUUAUAUUAUAUUAUCAUUAUCAAUUCGAACCGGAAGCGGUUACCUUCGUUACCGAUAGUAUACGUACAUAUAAAUAUAAAUAAAUAUAUAUAUAUAUAUAUAUAUAUAUAUAUAUAUACACAUUGACAUUAUUAAAGUAAGAUCGUUUCUCCAUUCGUCGCAUUAUAUUGUCAUAUUAUAUAUUAUUAUGGAUUAUCGAUUAGUCGACUCCGUCGUGACGAUCGAGGAGCAGCCGGGUAAAGUCAGCAGCAGCAAUCCAUCUUUUACGAAAGAAUUACCUCAGCGACACGAACCCACAUACACACCUACUUACACCAGAUGAGAAAACAGUUGAAAUGUGUUUACCCAAAUAAGAAUAAAAGUUCAACGAGGACUGCACAGGAGAAGUUCGAGAAAAGCCGGAAAGACACAGGUGAAAGUCCUGUUGAACAAGAUAUUAUUGUCGUUGUUAAACGUCUCGUUGUAGCUCUGUAAGAGAACGAUCAUCCUCAAAGUCAGGUCAGAAGUCGCGAUGCGCUUUACUUUUGCCGCCGAGAUCGUGAGAGAGAGAGAGAGAGAAAUAAGAGAUAGUAUCUACACAUUACGAUAUUCCAUUUGGUUGAUAAGGGUAUAGUGCGAAAGAAAAGCUUAAAAAAUUUAGACUCAUCGUUGCGUAUAGGUAGAGUUAUUAUUAUUCGGAUUCCAUAAUAGCGUCGCGCCAGCGUUAUUAGCUAUCUCCUUGCGUCGUGCCCACGCCCACGCACGACCUGACGAGAGGCAACUCUUGUCCUGUUAUAAAUGUGUAUCGCGUUAUUGCAGCUCGCGCAUCUCCUCCAGCCCGUACACACACCGCCAAACGCGAAUCCGUGUUAUAUGCAUUUUCCUUUUGAUUCCUCACGGCUUCACAAUAAUACACCUUCGUCCACCGCCGCCACUAACGAAAAUAGCAUUCCUGCCACGAGAGCCUCAGCUAUACGCGCGUCUUUUAAUUUUUCAUCUGGAUUGCGUCUGUUUUUCUGUAAAAUUGGGCCACUCCGGCCACAGUCUACAUGUUUUUUUGGGGAAGAAAACGUGUACACGCACACGAGAGAAGGCGUUGAUGAUCUAGGCGAGAAAUUAAAGACGAGUGUAUAGCAAUAAUCGUCUCGCGGUGAGAAAGUAUUUUUGUCAGUGCGUUCGCCGCGACGCUCGCAUAAUCGUCGUCGAGAGCCUGGCGCACAGUUGGCAAUUGUAAACAACUGUGCGCCGGAGCUGCCGAAUGAAUCACGCAUACCUUAUACUAAUAGCCCGAUCGCGUCGCUGGUACGUGUGAACUAUACAUUUUUCCACUUGAAUCGACUGAUGAUUUGUAAAAUUCUCAACGGGAAUAUUAAAAUAGUCAAUUUACCUGUUAGGUGUCCGCGCGACGGUUUAUCCUUAUGGGGGAAAAAACAGAAUAACUUAUAAAUAUAAAUAUAUAAAUAUAUAAAUAUAAUUAUUGUACGAGAUGAAGAGAAGAAAAAAAAACGAUAAGGAAGAAAAAAGAAAAAUAUGUAAUUAAACAUGUAUGAGAGGAUGAGACGACGGGAGGGACACACGGGUCUCGCGCGUAUAAUGCAGUCACACCGAUUAUACCGAAAGAGAGAGAGAGAGAGAGAGAGAGAGAGAGAGAGAGAGAGAGAAAGAGAGAGCGAAAGAGAGAGAGAGAGAGAGAGGAGUCAUUGCGCUCAACGGCGUCGCAGACUCUGCACAAUGACGCAUAUUAUGUAAUUGUAUAAUUGUCCUACCGAUUUUCGUACUAAUCGUAUCGUUUCUUGCGAUUUGUGAUAUUAAUUUUUCGAGGGAUAUACAUGUAUGCGUAAUUUUAGUUACAAGUAUAAACACCACUAUAUCCGCGAUCUAACUGACCUAGUCUUACGUUUUAAGCGAUAAGUCGGACUUUGAGAAAGAGACUUUAUAUUAUACUUACUUUACUAUUAUUAUUAUUAUUAUUAUCAUUAUUCCUAAGUUCCCAUUGUAUUUAUUUGCGACAAUUGUAAACUUUGAUAUUAUAUUAUAUUGAUUUUUUUAUAAUAUUUAUUGCUGCGUUUCUUUUCUAUUUUUAUUUAUAUCGCGUAAUUUUUAACGUCCGUCCCCUUGAUGAACUUUCAGUUUUAUAAAUUUUUGUACAUUGGCAUUCUUCAUUUCUCACCAUCCACUAUUUCUCGCGUAAGAAAAGAUUUGGAUUCUCGCAUCUUUCUCCCCCUACCAGAAAGUAGAAAUUAAGAAGCAGCGACAGUAUUCCACAGACUGGCAUUAGGGAAAUGAGAGUUUAUCGUUAAAAAAAAACUGGAUUGCGUCGUGCGUGUGUGCAGUGGCAUGAGAGAAAUAUUCUAGUUAAGGCUCACCGUUGUGUAUGUAAAUUAACGAAUCAUUAACACGUCACACACAUCCUUUCCAUUAUAUGUACCGCCUUCGGCCCUCGGCAUUCCGAGCUGUAUUAAAUUCCACUUUCAAUCAAUGAAAUAAUAAGAAAACAAAAAGAGAGAUAUAAAACCGUACAAACAAACGAAUUAACGAAAUCAUAAGACUUUUAUCGAUAUUUAAGAUUAUCAAUCUAGGUUAUAUUGUCGGUGUUUUUUUAAAGAUCGAUGGAUCAGCAAAAGUGAAAGUCAUGAAAUAAAAAAAGAAAUAAUAAAACGAAUCGUUAGUGUACGUGAUUUUUUUACUGUAUAAAAAGAUUUCACUUACCCUCUAUACCGAUGCUUAAACGUUUCCCCCGGGGAUUCUAACGUUCGAAAUGAUCUCAUUGUAAAGAGUCCUGGACUCGUUUGAA